AUGGGAGCCUCCAGCGACAAGGCGUCUCUCCUCUCGGGCCUGCUGGUGUUCACGUGCGUCGUCUCGUCUCUCUGCCAGGAUGAAUAUUCAGGAUACCACUCGGGUGAGGAACACACCUAUGAAGGCUCCAUGGUAGACCACUAUGACAACCUAGCCUCUCCUCAGCCAGAGUAUCCACCUGAGCCCACUCACAGCUACGACGAGGACCAGAGGCCAGGGGAGGGGGACUACGACCCCUACGGUCCCGUCCCCACCCAGGUCACCAUGAUCACAGAGGACGCCUUCCCCUACGGCACCACUGCCGAGUCCCACUACGCCAAGGAGGACACGGAGAGCAUGCAGGUCCCGUAUGAGUAUCCUCCUGCAGGACCGUACACUGACUCCUCGGAGGAGUCUGGGGGGGACGCAGCACUCGGGGAGGAGGGGCCGACAGAGUGUGACUGUGAACCCGGAGAGCCUGGAUUCGCUGGCUUCGCAGGACCGAAGGGAUCCAGAGGUCUGCAGGGUAAAACCGGUGUGCCAGGAACUCAAGGCAGAGAGGGCUAUAAAGGAACCAAAGGGGUUCAGGGAAGAAGAGGAGACACUGGACCAGUGGGCGACCCUGGGCCUGAAGGAGAUGACGGAGCUUCAGGUUUCUCUGGAGCCAUGGGAGAACCUGGACUUCCAGGAGACCCAGGUGAGCUCGGAGAGCCAGGCCUGAAGGGCGACUUCGGGAUGGAGGGACCCCGCGGAGGGGUCGGAGGUCCCGGUGAGACUGGCUCUCGUGGUGAUACUGGACCUCCAGGAACGAAGGGAGGUAAAGGUAUCAAGGGGUCUGCUGGUAGCGAGGGCAAAGAGGGUCCUCAGGGACGAGAUGGACAGAAGGGUCAGACCGGAGCUCCUGGGUUCCCAGGUGACGUCGGCGACAGAGGAUACACUGGUUAUCCUGGACAGCCGGGAGCCGUCGGACCCGCUGGACCGAAGGGCACUCCAGGUCAGGACGGCCUGCCGGGCAGCGACGGAGACCCCGGAGAAGACGGUCCUAUCGGAGUCCCGGGUGUGGUGGGAGAGCCUGGACUGUUUGGUGCCAAGGGCAGCAAAGGGGAGCGCGGCGUGAGAGGACCCCGAGGCCGAGUGGGCGCUGUGGGAUCUGAAGGAGAGCGAGGAGAUGCUGGAGUACCAGGAAAACAAGGACCAAAGGGCCUGCAGGGCCAAACUGGGGCCAAAGGUGAGACGGGACCUGAUGGUGAACAGGGCGCAGCAGGGAAGAAGGGUCUUAAAGGAGUAAAAGGACAAAAGGGAAGCUCUGGUGACCGUGGAGACAAAGGACAGCGCGGACCAAAAGGCGCCAUCGGCCGUGACGGCGUCCCGGGCCCCGUGGGACCGCCCGGCAUCCCGGGUACCAGAGGAGAGCGCGGUCCGAUCGGCGACCAGGGUGUUAAAGGCCAAGCGGGACCCAAAGGAGUCCGGGGUCCCUCUGGUCCUGGUCUGACUGACGAGCAGGUCCUGCAGCUCUGCAGAGGCGUGGUCACAGCCCAGAUCUCCCAGUACGCCGCCUCCAUCCGGGCCAAGUGCACCCAGGGCUGCCCCAUCAACAACCGGACACUCAUCGGACCGCCGGGAUCCCAAGGGCCACUGGGAUCCCCGGGCAAGCGUGGUAAAGCAGGAAAACCUGGAGCUAAAGGAGCCAGAGGCGUUCAAGGUGACAGAGGACUGGAGGGGCAGGAAGGAGCGCAGGGAAACAGAGGUCAAAAGGGAACUAAAGGCCUCGCAGGUGAUCCAGGUAAAGGCCUGCCAGGACCUGACGGACCACAAGGCCUCAGAGGUUUGCCAGGUAACCCGGCAGAACCUAGAAACGGCAUGGAGGGUCCUCGAGGUCCUCGCGGCUUCCCCGGUGCGGUCGGUCAGACCGGCAUGCUCGGGAUCGCAGGCGUGCCGGGAUUCUGCGAGGCGCGGGACUGCAGCAUUCAUGCGCCAGUGAUGCGGAAAGAGCAGGGUCUGGUGAAAGGACCCGCCAGCUCAAAGAUCUGAACCUGAACGAGAACCGCUGUGAGGUUCCAGAAGGCCUGAGAUUCACAACCAGGUUCUUCUCAUUGAACUCCAGCUGACGUUAGAACUGGAUUUAAAAUGAGACAAACUUUGUUUUUUAGAUUUCUGACAAUAGUUUGUUUAAAAGCUGCGAAUGAUUCAAUCCUUCAUUGACUGUUGUUGAAAAUGUCAGUGGACCAGGUGUAGCGCCGAGCGGCGCUCCGCUGGUCCGCCGGUUUGCUAACUAAUGAGGAAACUGUGCAUGAAACCAGAAAAGACUUUUCCAUCUGCGCUGGACAAGGGUGCAAGUGAGGCUUUGACGUUUUAGAGGUUUUAUUCUUCGUAAAGAUCCAAACACUGUUUCAGUUUCGAUCAGGAUGCGAUUUGAUAAAAACACAAAAUAAUUCUGUCAGUUUAGUUUUUAUUUUCUCUGGUAAAAUAAACAAAAAUAAAAAAAAUGCUACAUGUAAAUAUUCUGUAAAAUAUCUCAAAUACAUGUACUGUGCUCUGAAAUAUGUUUCAGAUAAACUGAUGUUUUUUACGCUGA